UUACUACGCCGAUCUUAGUUUGGAAAGCGAUCGGUAAUAGGUAACAGGGCAAGAAACGCAGAAGAUAAUUACGAUGUCUCUUUAAUCAUUGUAAUUUUCCCCUCUUAACAUCUGGCUCAAGAACAGCCCGUCAUCCCUCCGUCGAUGGCACUAUUUGAACUGGAGCCAAGUGACCAAAUACUUAUAUUACAGGCUACUAAAAAAUCCGCCUAAUUUAGUAUCGCCGAUCACGUCGAAUAUUUGUUGUGUUUUGUGUUUUUUGUUCGUGAUUAUCAGUCUCACUCGUGGAUUACAAACCAGCGAAAUCGGUUGAUACCCUUGCGUACACGGAGUCUCCUCUUCUCCGUCUGUCUGACUUGAAGAAGGGCUGUGCCAUGUCUUUGCCGCGCACUCUUGGGGAGCUGCAGCUCUAUCGGGUGCUGCAGAGGGCCAACCUGCUGGCCUAUUAUGAUACCUUCAUCCAGCAGGGUGGUGACGAUGUACAGCAGCUCUGUGAAGCAGCGGAGGAGGAAUUUCUGGAGAUCAUGGCACUAGUUGGCAUGGCCACCAAGCCACUGCAUGUGCGUAGGCUGCAAAAGGCCCUCCGUGACUGGGCAGCCAACCCUGCACUUUUUAACCAGCCAGUCUCCGUGCCUCUUGGGGGCAUCCCGCUGUUUAAAGUUGAUGGGACAGGCACAAGCGGAUCAGCAGGAGGGCCCAGGAAAUCUGUGAGCAAUGGCCAGCCAGGCUCGCCAUGUGAAAGAGAAGAUAGGGCAUGUCUCACCCCAAUGCACAGUGGGAGUCCCAGAAGCCCGUGUUCGCAGGCCUCCCCGCAGCCCCCAGACACACACUACAGGGACAAACUAUCACCGAUGGAUCCCCACUGGCUCAGCCCCGAGCCAGAGGGGAACUGCACCUUGGCCCCUGCACCUGCAGUAGAGGAGGAGCCACCCAGCCCACCCCUGCUCUCAGCAUGUCCCCCAGGCCCCUCCACAUCCCCAAGCUCCUCCUCUUCUUUUACUCCAGGGGCCCUGUCGGCCUGGCCCGGGGGGCAGCUGGAUGGGGAGACGGCUCGGGCGGUUGGGGAGAGCGUGGAGCGGCUCCUGAGGACCCUGCCCAGGUCAGAUCCUGGGGAGGUGAAGACCCUGCUGAGGAUGAACAAGAAGAUGGCUAAGACGGUGGGCCACAUCUUCAAAAUGGGGUCCCAGGAUGUCAACAAGGAAGAAGAGAUCAGAAAGUACAGUCUCAUUUAUGGACGCUUUGACUCCAAGCGGAGAGAAGGCAAGCAGCUCACACACCACGAGUUAAUCAUCAAUGAAGCCGCUGCCCAGUUCUGCAUGCGUGACAAUGCCCUUUUGCUGAGACGGGUGGAGCUCUUUUCUUUGGCUCGGCAGGUGGCAAGAAAAUGUGCCUACACCUCCACACUAAAGCAUGCUAGGCAAGACAGAACAAGUGCAGACGACAACAACAUGAUUUCCCAAAAGAGGAUGAGACAUGAGGUAAUUGUGCCUGAGAGUGUGUCCUCACUCCUCGGAGUGGAGGGGUCAGAGGGCUUGACCCAGAGGGCAGACGACGACAGCCUAUCCACAGAAAGCCUGGAUAGUGUAUCACAAGACAUAGGCUCACAGUGCAACCAAUCUCCAUCCCCCCGCCCCCCCACCGACACCACCAACCCUGCCAACUGGAGUCGCCAUCUCAUACAGCAAACGCUCAUGGAUGAGGGGCUGCGAUUGGCUAGGAUGGUGUCACAUGAUCGGGCUGGCAAGCUCAGCCUAGGGUCAGAAGGAGCUCAUUCCACAGACUUCGAGAGCAAAGCGGAGAGGAGGGGCUCGAUAGCAGCAUGCAGGAGUAGUAGCCCUGGCAUCACCAAAGAUGACUCCAACCACAGGGGGAAAUGAAAACGCUCAGGGCUAACACAGAACUUGUGCUCAGACCUGCCGCUGAACUUCACUCAGUCUCCGCUACAGGGUGCAGCUCAGCAGGUUUUCCACAUGUACUUACAUCACUGACGUCAUGAGCGCCUGAUGGGGAGAUGGCCACCAUCAGCAUCACAAUCAAUACAGUAAAUGUCUGAAGUUAUCGGCGAUUGACAUCACACACGUGCUUAAGGCAGUGACCUCCAAAGCUGAAGCUGUGUAACAAGUCUAAAAUGCUCUGUGUUACCUCUGUAUACAUAACAGACACAUUUUUUUAAUACACAUUGGCUAUAUGGACUAUCAAUUUGGGGGAAUGAAUAACAGGGGACAAGAUUUGAGUCAAUAUUGGCCUAUAUGAAAUUGAUUUGUUAGGAAAAGUUUUUGUAUAAGGACAUUUAAAAGAAACUACUUGUGUCACAGCAUUUCAUGAAAAUAAUCUUAUUUAUUGUGUACAGUGGAAUAUUGUGGGAGUUUGAUCUGCUUCAAAUUAAAUGGGCUCCACACAGCAGGGGGCGCCAUAAGUAAGGGGCACUACAACUUUGGAAAUGCGCCCCCAUGCAUUCUCACUUGCCCCAGAGUGAAUAACAUAUUUCUGUAAAGUAAAUUUGGAUCAUGAAGGACAUAUUUAUCAACACUUUCAAAAUGUCCAAGCAUGAUAACACAUCUUUACAGACAAUCACCCUCAGGAAAUGGUUGCUAUUGGUGAUGGUUUUUGACUGAAAAUGUGGUAAAGUCAGACUUUAAAGACAUGAAAAUAGCGCAGGACUUGAACAUAUAUCCUCUAACAUUCAAACUAUAGUCUGUAGAUGAAGUAGGACCAAAAGUAGAGUGUUUAUGGUAUAGGCUGAUUUAGAUUUGCUUGUGCUGAAGUAUACAUCAUCAUAGUCUGAUCCUUAACUGCAUCAGUUCCCACCAUGCGUUCGACUGGAACAGGCAGGCCAAAGUGUGCAACAUGUGAAGCCAUGGGUCUGGUUCAUCCUCUAUCUUUCUAUAAUAAUAUUUAAUUUAUUUUAUUUUUUAUUUUUUUAAACAAAUGGCAGACUUUUGUUUGGCAUUUUUUGCUUUUAUUGAGACAUUUUGAUACAUUUCUAUACCGAUUAAACACAAACUCUAUACUUAUUGUACUCAAAACACCUUUGCUAAACUUGGUGGUGUGUUAUUUAUGGCGUUAUAAUAAUGUGACACUGUAUUGAUCCCCCACUGGGAAGUUCUCCUUCCACUUGCCUCCCCCCCCUUCCGCAGGGAAAUCAGGUUGCAGGCUCAGGCACGGAGCAGCACCCCAGGACCUGGAAAGGGUUCGGUGUCUCGCUCCAGGACAUUUAAGCAGGCUGGAUGCUUUCUGAUUCAGGCGCAAGAGCUCAGGUCAAAUGGUUGAAAAGUGCUCUCCCUGCUCUCUGCACAUACCCGUAAACAUUGUGCCCUGGCAGAACUGCAUUGAUCCAUAAUGUAACUUCUGUGCAAAAUAGUGCAAACUUAUGGCAGUGUACAAUACAGUUAGCCGUAGACUUUGAUAUUAACUUCUACCAAGGUGAGUGUGAUGUGAACCCCCAUUUCAGAAACAAUGGUUUUGUGCUUAGAGUUUUUUUUCUCCCACAGGGCCAUUCAUCUCUCUUUACCUUUCAGGCUUGACAAACAAAAGAAAGGAACAGAACCACAUGCUUUAGCUGCUCGUGGUUUUCAGCAAGAGAUCUCAUGGUGCUUUAUUUUUUGAUAAACAAAUGACACCAACCUAUCUGGUCCUCAUGUAAGGAAUCAUUUCUAAUGUGUUUGGACUAAAUGACUACACGGCUCAUAUUGGUAAUAUGAUUUUUUUUAAAGUCUGUGUAUUUCAGGAUUAAUUACACAUUAUGACAAUGAGGUAGCUUGCAGUGCAUCAGUUUCACCGGCCUGUCUCUUGAGCGUUAGAUAACCUCCUCCGUUUAU